UACAUUUUGUGUGAAGGUUUUUUGGGCAAAGAAGUUAACGAUCGGGUGCCACAAGAUUGGUUUUAUUUGGCUGAGAAUUUGGAUCUCUGGAAUAGCUUCGCUUGGGGUAGCUAUCUAUGGGAUUUUACUUAUGUUGACCUUGAGGAUACGUGGAAUAAGAUACAUCAUUAUUUAUCACUUCCUGAGCGUGGUCAAACUUUAAAGUAUUCCGUCUCAGGAUUUACGGCUCCAAUUAGGAUAUGGAUAUAUGAGAUGAUUCCGGCUGUUCGUGCAUGUGGAUUUGCAUUGAGAAAAAAUAAAGACUUGCCUCGGAUGAAAAGAUGGAGCGGAACAAAAAAAUUGAAAUGGGUUGACGUGAACAAGAUUUGGUCAAAGAUGCAGGAGGGGCUACCACCAAGACAAAACAUGUUACCGGGUGAUGGUGAGAUGACAUCUUUUUAUUAUAUGUCAUUUCAAGAGUAUGUAUAUGGUGAAGGGAAAGCAGUUCCAUCCCCAGUACGGGACCAUUUUAGGAGACAAGACGAAUCUUCGUCUAGUAUGUCGUCCAGUGGUCGCUCUCAUGGUAGAGGUCGGGGCAGUGGGAAACACAAGCUAGACGAGUUGUUGAAACGGGUACAUGCACUGGAGCAGCAUGUGUUUAUGAAUCAACAAAAACUUACAGAGGUUUUUUAUGAAGAAGUGAAUAAUGAACAAUUUUGGAACGACAUUAUUUUUGAGGAACCGACAGUGUCACAAAGAAAUUAUGAUGAACAGGAGUGGGAGGAGAGAAAUGACAAUACAGGGAACAAAUUUGAUGAUGAUGUGCCGGAUGAAGACGAACUUAUAAUAAUGGGAAAUGUAGAUUAUUUUCAUGAUGAUGAUGAUGACAAAGAAGUUACACCCGAUAAACCUAGGAGUCGAAAACCAUCACAAUUUUUAUGCACUCCUUACACCGAGAGCACAAUUAUCGAUAUUGAAAAUGAGUAG